AUGGCCACCAUCGCAUCCGCCGCCGACGCCGCCGCAGUGACGGCGUACGUCGCGAUCGGCACCAACCUGGGCAACCGCCCCGGCAACCUCCAUCGCGCUGUGCAAGAACUCAACCAACAUGCUGGUCGCGUGGUCCGGACGUCGCUGCUGUACACGACAUCGCCCCAGUACGUGACGGACCAGCCUCAGUUUCUCAAUGCUGUGCUUGAAUUGUCGACGACCCUCAGCGCGACCGACCUCCUCGUUUGCUUCAAGGACAUUGAAGUCCGCGUGGGUCGAGUCCUUGGAACGCUUCGGUACGGCCCACGCAUCCUCGACGUCGACGUUCUCUUCUACGGCAAGCACAUCAUCGCCACGACGACGUCGGUCGGGCCGCUCAUUGUGCCGCACGCAUUGCUCCACGAACGAGACUUUGUGCUGCGGCCAUUGCUCGACAUUGCCGCAGACUUUGUCCACCCCACUUUACACAUGACCAUCCAAGACUUGCAUGCAGCCCUGCCACCAUCGGCAAACCCGCCGCUUCCCGUGCUCAGCCUGGGCGUGAACGAUCUCAUGUGGCCCCUUCACACCAAGACGUACGUCAUGGGGAUCGUAAACACAACUCCAAACAGCUUCAGCGGCGAUGGCACAGGCGUCGAUGUGGGUGCAGCUCUAGCGACGGCCAUGACCAUGGUAGACCAAGGCGCGGAUAUUCUCGAUGUCGGCGGGGAAUCGACCAAGCCCAACGCACCCGCGGUGUCGGUGGAUGAAGAAAUUGCGAGGGUGGUCCCUGUCAUCCAGGCCAUCCGACACGCCCUCCCGCCCGUGCCCAUUUCGAUUGAUACGACCAAGGGCCGCGUCGCAGCCGCGGCAAUCGAGGCCAGGGCGAACCUCGUCAACGACGUGUCCGGCGCAACCGCUGAUCCGACGAUGCUAGCCACGGUCGCCGCAGCACAAGUUCCGAUUGUGCUGAUGCAUACUCGAGGAACGCCGGCGACCAUGGCGUUGCAAAAGCGCUAUGAAGAUGUGGUUGGGGACGUGGUGAAAGAGCUCCGGCCCAAGCUCGACGCCGCCAUGGCUGCGGGAAUUCCGACUUGGAACAUCAUAGCCGACCCGGGCAUUGGGUUCGCCAAAGGGCUUGCCGAGAAUGUCAAGCUGCUUCGCCAUAUCGAUCAGCUCAAGGUGGCGUGCGCUCCGUGCCCGCUGCUGGUUGGCGCGUCGCGGAAAGCAUUUCUCGGCACGUUGUGCGGACGGCCAAUCCCGGCCGACAGAGGAAGCGCCACGGCCGCGACGUGUGCGGCGGCGAUCGUUGGUGGCGCCGACAUCGUCCGCGUGCAUGACGUGGCUGUAUGUGUCGAUACGUGCAAAGUGUCGGACGCGAUUUGGCGGCCGUAA